AUGGGCAGUUCUGCAUCUAAAACAGCUCGUACGCUACCCAAGGAAAAAUCGUCAUGGGCAGGUGCUCGUACACCCUUGAAACAAGAUAGUGCUCAAGAAAUACGACGUCCAAGACCACUGGCAUUUGAAAAUAAGACUGAUGCGGUUGAGGCUGAUGGCAAAGACCCCCAGUUUAUGUCCAAGCUAAGCCAGCUAGGCCCUGUGCGCGUUGACCACCACAUGCGGUCCGUCCGACCAGUGCGUAACCUGGUAUUGGAUUCCUCACAGGCAGACUAUGUUCAGCAGAUGCAUCGUUCUCGCCUCCAGUCUGAAGUGGAGGCUUUGCCGUCACAUUCUACUCAAAAUCGCUUGCUGGCCUCAUCACUGAGCGAAUUGCUCGAGGCCCGGAAAACUGUCAAGUCGCAAGCCGAACUUCAGGCCUUAGCAGAGCAGUAUCAUAUUGACGUUACCCAGUUGGACAAGCUCGCAAAGUUUAUCAACACACCCUCCAUUGAUGAGAGCACCAUAGUAAGGAGCACGAAUCAGGAUGGAGAAGAAACUCUGACGAUGAUGGCUAGUUGGGUCACCCAAAACUUGAAACCGUGACGGAGGUUGAUAAUCUUUUGAUUAUUCUUAGUCGUGCCAUACUUUCUGUGAUGAUACAAAUCCCAUAGUACUUACUUAAAAUAGAGAUGGGGAAGUGACGGAGAAAAUUACAAUACAAAUGAUGAAUACCCUUACAUACUAGAAAACAACGCGCAGAGCAUUUGCCUGCGUCGACUCGGUGGGGCAGUAUGGACAUUUGACACGG